GAAAAUGUCGUGUAAAAGUAACAUUGUUUUAGGCAUCCUUAUGCUGUACAUUUACAUGUCAAAGUAUGAAGCUACUUACAUCAGCAAGCAACUUAGAGUCUUUCUAAAUCCACCAGAGAAGAAAGACCGGACUAUACAACAACUCAAUUCUGCAAUUUACUAUGCAGCCAGAAACCACGGACACGGUAUAGAGCACGGUUAUCAUGGAGUAGAUGUGCACGAGAUUCACGAGAUCCAUUCUCUGACUGAUUAUUCAGACGUAGAGGACAACAACGCGGAGGAUAGACACAAGGCCAUUAAGGAACGCAGAAGAAGGCGAUGUAAAGGUGUCGUAUGCGAGAACGGGGGGAGUGUGGUGAUAGAAGGGGGACAAUGUGUCUGUUCCUGUGCCGGAAAUUACGUAGGAUAUAACUGCCAGUAUAGAGGAGAUAACUGCGGGUAUUCCCACUACACUGACUGCUUCCUGAAGCCAACACACGCUGAUCUUCCCACCGGAUACUGGGCCUUAAACUUCCAACAUCACUUCCUUGCUGCAAGAGCCAAAUAUAGUAAGACAAUUCAUGUAACCAGCGAGGAACUGUAUUUAGGUAAACCCUAUAAAUUGACCUUCUCCUACACUCAAAAAGCCCGGCAUCUUUAUCAUAGAUUCAAGGUGAACAAUUACCUGGCUGUGAUAUGGAAGGGACUACAUAAAAAAUCAAAGACUCUAUACAACCAAAACUUUGGUCAUUACGAGGGAAUUACAGGAACUAAAUGUGUCAACGUGCCGCAAGGAUUUGGCGAAAUUAUAAUAACGUUUUCAUGCUGCAAUCCUUACCACUGCAACAUCGUGCCACCUCACGACAAGCAUUACAUUAAGAAGAAAAACACGUCUUUCUUUCUGGAUGAAGUACGUUUGCAGCCAGGAAAAUGUUAAGCGGAAAUCCAA